GUUUCAACGUCCUGGUGGACAUGAUGGUCAACAAGACCGUGAAGAAGUUUGCAGAGACGCAGCGGUGGCCAAGGAUGCAGGAUGGCUUUUUGCCUCAAGCUGACAUUGUCUCUGACGUGAGAGAAUUUAUUCCUCAUGGUUCUCAGCUGGCAGCUGAAGGGUUCUUCUGCUUCCUCGAGAACGUCAGUCACCUCCUGAGCCCGAGCAACCGGGAAUUGCUCCUCUUCAUUUGCCAGGAGUUUGCACAGCGGGGUUUCUUCCUUCAAUGGUGCACGCUGACUGGUAAGAAUGUUGGUGCCCAGGUGUUGGAGCUGAUGACAGCAGAUGAGAUGAGAAAGUCUUCUCACCGACCCUGGAAUGUGACUUGCAAGCCUGACAUUACAGACUGGCUACAGCCCUGUCAAUCGCAAGUGGACAAGGUUGCUGCGAUGUUGAAGGCGACCCCGGCUUGUCAUCGACGAAAACAGGUUGUGUUGCAUCGCCCAGUCUGUCAGCAGGCCUUCAGGAAGUUGAUUGGAAUUGGAUCCAAGCGAUAUGUGCGACUGCGCAGUGCUGCUUCCAAGGGUGUUACCCCACCUAUCGAUGGGCGAAGUGCACCCCAGAGAAAACUGUUCAGGAAUCCGAAAGUUGCAGGGAGGAGAGCCAUGAUCACUGAGUUCCUGGAGGAGCUUUAUCAGACUCUGAGUGAACCAAUGCCUGAUGCCAACCAGUCCACAGCUGCAGUCAAACGCAAGGCAGACGGCCACACAGAGGCUGGUGACUUGUUAACUGAAGGGAAGUUGCGUUUUCGACGGCAUAGAGGUCGAAGACCACGACUGGCAGCCCAGAUGAACCGAGGAUGUGAUAAGUCUAAGAUGAAGCUCCUGCCACCAGGUUCGUAUUCUGACUACUUGGGCCUCCUUCAGUUGAGGCAUCCUGGCACCAAGAUCAGCUUGAAGCUUUUUUCGAAAGUAUGGGCUGAAAGUUUCGGUGCCAAGUUGGCGUUGAGGGAGGAGUCACACCAUGCCCAGUGUGGUGUGUGCACGAGACACAAGCUGCUUCUGAGGAAAUUGUCUGGUGACAGACAACUUCGCAAUCAGCAGAUGAAAGCCUACAGUGAACAUCUUCAACGUCAGUAUGAUGACCGUGUCCAAUACUGGGCGGCAAGGACACGGUCAAGGAUUCCUGUUCUACCUGAUGGUGAGCAUUCAAUAUGCCUGAUCACUGACGGGCAGGACCACAACAAGUACCGGUAUCCACGGGAUACCAUCUUCCAGUCGAAGGAACUCAGUGGAUGCAUUCGUCCUUGCAUGGACGCCACAGCAGUGAUAGCACAUGGAUAUGGAAUCCUCAUGGCCCUCAGUGAGCCUUUCGUCCGCAAGGACAGUUCAUGGAGUUGCGAGCUGAUUGCCUACGUUGUCAAUCAAAUAUCCGAAACAUCUGACAUCAGAAAAAUGGAACUUAUUUGCCAAGCUGACAAUACCUCUCGGGAGGUGAAAAAUAAUACUUUGACCAGAAUGGCAGGAUAUUUGAUAGGCAGCCGCCGACUGAAACGGAUGGAACUGCGUUUUCUUCAAAGUGGGCACUCCCACGAAGACGUGGAUGCCUGGUUUAGUGUGCUUUCAAAUCUGCUGGAAAGCAAAAAGCACCUGGAAACUCCCGAAGACUUCCAGCAGGUGCUGCAAGAAUUUCUUGUGGAUCCCAAGCAACGUCCACAUGAACAAAAGUUCCGAGAGGUGAAAAUUGUGAACUCUAUUCGCAACUGGAUUUUCGAUUGCAAGAAAACCAUGAAGACGUUCCUUCACCUCAGUUGCUAUGGUGCUCACCUACGUGGUAUUGGAGGAGCUGGUGCUCCACAUGUGUUCGCAUUUGAUCGCUUCGAAGAUCUAGGCAUGGAUCGAGCCAGCAUCAAGGGAAACUUCUGGAAGAAACUGGGUUUCAAUGAGCACGGGUCUGAUGUGAUCCUGAGGACAAAACAAUGGAUGAGCGAUGCCGAAUUUCAGUCGCCAAUGCUGUUCCUGCCACAUGAAGUAUGUCAAGAAAUUCAGCAGAAAGGUGAGGAACCCUUCACCUUGAACAGAGCAUCUGCUCAUUUGACGAGACUGGCCAACAGAAGUGUUGAGCGGACAGAUCUGCUGCCUGUGUCCCGGUGCUUGCCAUGCCCUGGGCCAGUGGUUGGUCUUGGGGUGGCUGGUCAAGGAAUCCCGCGGGCAAUUCAAUACGAUCCUGUUGGACAUGGAACAUCCCUCAAGUAUGAGCGGGUUCAGAGGGCCGAGUUGGAGAAGUACAGGGUUCAGAACAAGGACAACUACAUCCUGGAAGCCAGUGCUAAGCUGUGGGCAUCUGGUCUUCCAUGGGAGGAAGCCUUUAAGAUCGUGUCUGAAGCAUUUGAGGGUUUGGCUGCCGCCCUGCAAUUCGUCAUGUCGGGGGGGCAGAUGAAACGAAAGCUUUCCUUGCCAGGGGCAUCAUGCAAGGCGGAGUCUGGUGGAUCUGCGAAACAGAUGAAGGCUAGCAAAUCCAAGGGCCAGCGGACUUUGGAUGAGUUUGAGAAGCAUGCUGCCAAACUGUGUGAGCAUGUGGUGUUGUUUGACACAUGGAUGUUUAUGACUGACCCGACGAUCCCGGGAGUUGAGCGGCUCGUGGUGUGCAGCAUGCAGCCUGAGCAUGGGAUGAAACCGAAGUUCGAAUUCGAGGCUGGCGAGGUGUCUGAGGACGCGGUCAGCCAACACUGGAUUCCACCUCACCAGUGCUUCCUUGUCAAGGGAUGGACCCGGACAGUUGCAGCUAUGACAGUCAUGUUGGCGGCCUACGACUGCCCAGCUUUCUUUCAGGUGUGGAAUUCAGCAGCUCAGGUGGCAGAUGCCUAUCAGAUAGGACGUGUGGAGAGCAAUGCUGCCAUCAACCUGCACACCAAAGUUAACCCCGAAAUUAUUGAUCGUCUCGCCUUUCUUGUGAAGAAUUCGUACAGCGCUGCUCUGGAGCAUUCUUGGCAUGCAUGGACAAGUUUGUUCAUGUUGAAACAUGCCGACGCAGAGCUCAUCGGCAUGUUGGAGUCCAGUGUCCCUCCAGUUGACUUGGACACAGUUGCCAUCUUCCGAGCCGCAGUCAUGAAGUUUCAGUCAAAGGUGAAAGAGGAACACAUGGAAGCUGACGCUGAGCUGCACGAACAAGUUGUCACAGCCACCUUGAAACAAGUGGAGUCCAAGUUGGACAAGGACCUCGAUGCGAUGACCCAGUGGCUUGGGAACUUGGACAUGAAGUACCUGGCCCAGAGAUUCGAGAAGGGAAAGGAAGCUGUCCAAACCUUCCUCCGACAGAAUCACAGGUAUGUCAAGUUGGAUGUGAUGUCAGAUGCUCAUGGUGAUCUGAUUCAAUAUCAAGCAGAUUCAGGUGCCUUGCUUGUGGAUGAGACAUGCGACAUGGCGAAAGCCUUCUCAAGUAGCAACUCCAAUGCCAUACUCUUCAGCUUGCAAGUGCAAACACAUCCUGGAAUCGACAAAGCCAUUGUUUGCUUGGCCGGAAUCAGCCAAAUACAUAAGCAGUUUGGCUUCAAGAAUGCUUCGUGCCUGUUGGGAAGCUUGGGCCCAGUGACCCGAGCACGAGUGAACCAGCUGUGGACUGAUGACCCAGAGAAGCCUCCGCCUCCCAACGUCCGCGUACAACAACGAGGAGUGCAAGGAACCAAGGAAAUUUUGCAGAAGAUCCUGGAUGGUGUUGAUUUCCCGGCAGACAGCCAGGUCUUUGUAGUGGACCUGUGGAAUGAGUGGGGCCGUAGUCUUUGGGAGCUACAGAUGGAACGGUUGAAGUCCGGCAGUGGACUAGAUUGGAAGUUUGCAGCCUAUGUUGUUCGGGGAGAUGACGAAGUCAUUUCUGGCAUUGAUGCCUCCAUCAGCUGGAUCGAAGGAAAAGUCUUCAACGAAUGGUGGGAUGACAGUGAGGAAGCAGGGCCCAAAACUCGAACCAAGACUGACUUCAAUGAUCCCAAGCCGUCUUUGGAGAUCUUGUCAGUGAGCGGUGGGCCGGGCAAUUCAGACCGCACCCGCUGCGAGCCUGUUUAUGGUCAAGGGGAACAGCCUCAAGCAAAGUGCAAGGCCACUGGACGCCCGGAGUUGUUUGUCGUGGCCAGUGACAAGGACGAGCUGUGGCUGCACAAUCCAACAGCCAGUGACAUUCAAUGCUCUGCGUUUGAAGUCUUCGGCUUCAAUGUUGCUACCUAUUUGGAGAAGCCAGCAGGUGUGGCCCGUGGGGAGUCGAAAGAUGCAAUCCCCUUCAUCCUUGAGCGGGACUCUGAUUUGAUUUGCCUGACGAGUUCUGAGGGUAAGCGCUUGGCAUGCCUUUCGGACUUGGCCUGCUCAAUUGCUCAGAAGCACGGCAUCACGGAGCUCACUGUGACUGACCAUGCGCUGACGCCCCUUGUCCAGGAGUCUACUGGGACGCCACGGCCGUUCCGUUACAGUGUCAAUCCCUCCUCGAAGGUGACAUGUUUCGAACCAAAGGCACUUCCAGAGAACUUGGAGAAGCUGGACUUACGGGCAAGUAUGUUUGGCGCGGUGUUUCUGAAGAAAUUCAACGUGCUCCCAAAAUCUGGGAUGAGCUCGAUCGUGUGGGAGGCAAAGGCCAAAGGGAAGUCUAAGUCUACUAAGUCUUCUGAUAAGAAGGCUGCCAAACCGAAGGCGGCCGCUGUUGGAAAAAAACGGCCUGCCGCUGCUGCUGAAGCCCCAGCCGCUGAAGAGCCAGAAGCGACUGACAGUGGUGACGAUGACAAACCUAUCAUGAAACGACCUGCUAUGAUGAAGAAACGGCCUGCUGCUGCUUCAGCUACUACCUUGAAGAAGACCAGGAAGUACUGGUACUACAAGCUUCAGAAGAUUGGCAUUUCAUGUGAUGGUCAUGAACAAAUGACAGUCACAGACUCAGUGACUGCAAUGGCUGAUGCACCUGAUGAUCCUGCAGAUGGCGAUCAGAGUGAGGCUGUUGAGCUUGAGGUUGAGGCCGCAGAUGAUUUGCUUGGGGAAGACGAGCACGAAGAGGAGUUCGACGAGGCUGCGCAUGAUACCGCAGUCGAUGUCGACUGUGCAAUCAUGGCGUUCUUGGCAUCAUGGAUGAUGUGGCUUGAUCACUUGCCGAGAGACGUCCGGGAAAAAGACUUCUUGCUGCUGUACCCCUUCGUCCUCCAACUGACCUUCAAAUUGACAGCGCUUACGGGGAGAAUCGCCUUGAAUCAGCGCAUCGACGUCAUGUGGUGCGAUCUCUGCCCUACAGUUGCUGAAUGCCAUGCCACGUUCAUGUCAUGGCUUCAAGCUGAACUGGAAGCAAAUUCGGACAAAAUGGUGCUGUGGGUGUCAAGCUCACCAUUGGGUGAUGGCAUGCUGUUCGAGCAGCUGUUGAAUGCCACGCUGGUUUUUGGUCAGCGGUGUCGGGAUGAGAUGAAUGAGUCAGAGCCACUGAGAGUGAUCAACUGCAUGAUGCAUUUUGCUAGAAUUCUUCUGCGCAAAUUGGGUGCAGAGCCAAUUCCGACAGAAACUGUCACUGAGCCUGAAGUUGAAGAUCAACACGUCCCGAUUCUACGGGCUUCGCUCCUAAAGGAGAACGCACGCCACGUGGUGAAACUCCAAGACAGUUCCAGAGGCACGACUCGAAAGAUCCGAGAGAUGAACAGCAGAGGCCACAAGAAACUCAAAACUCUCGACGAAUCUCAGGUAUUCGUGGAGGAAGACAAGAUGUCCACUAUGGAGGACUCUCUCCGACCCGAGUCAGAUUGUAUCAUUGUAGGCCAAGAAGCAUAUUUUGGAUCACAGAGGUCUGGACAAUCAGAUUACCGGAAAGCAGCCUUUGACGACCUAAUUGACAAAUGCACCGAGGGAAUUGAGGAUGAAUGUUACGACCUCCUGGAGUUGUACAGAUCCGUCUUGCUCAGCAAAAAUGUCAUCAAGACCGGCGAGUUCCGAAAUCCGGACAACGUUGAUUUCAUCCAAGGUGAUGGCAGCCUUUUUGCACAGCGCAAGCAACAGUCCGCUAAAGCGGACGGCAUUGCCGGUUCAGCGUAUGAUGACAAAAUUUUGUUGGCCGACGUGGAGCAACCCAAGCAGCCGAAACCGGCGGAGAGGCAAAUGGCAGGGAUAACUUCCGAGAAACAGAGAGACCCAACAAAGAAAGAUCUGCGAGCCGACAACACGGCCGUGAUCGCCCGUGAGAAAGAUCAACUCACCGCGGAUCAACUCCAGCUAGGAGAGAAGAACACCAUGGACGCCAACGUUCUGCAACUCUUCAAUUCCGAAGAACACGCAGCAGAACUGGUGACAAUCCUCAGCAGAACCGAUCUCACGGUCAAGGAAAAGGAGCACACUG